GAGCGACGAAAUUCCCCAGCCUCGUUCUGCUAAACGCAUCUCCUCAUUGUGCUGAGGAGCGACUGCAAGCAUGAGAAUUGCAAUGUUAGUGUCUCUCAUCAGGCCGACCGGGCCGAUUAUUGUGGGCAUCUCUCUGGGAUUCACUCUGAGUCUCCUCAGCGUCACCUGGGUGGAUGAGUCCUGCGACUCUGACUGGAUGGGAGCCGGCGACGAGAUGCUCAUAGGGCAGCCUGGGAGCUCGAAAGGGGCCCGUAAACCUAGUUCGAUAUCCACUGGCACAACUGACAACGGAAAUGUCGAAGAGGACUUUGAGCCCAGAAUAGUACCUUAUAACAAGCCUGCCCAGGAAGGUCCUCCAAAGAAAGUUUUCAGAGCCAAGUAUGCCAGCACAGAACUUGGAAUUCGUGAACGUCUCUUUGUCUCAGUAUUUACCUCCAAAACCACCAUAAGCACUUUAGCUGUGGCCAUCAACCGGACCCUUAACCACCACCUGGAUGGCCGGCUCAUCUUCUUUACAGGCACUCGCAAUCGUAAACUCCCUAAUGGACUCUUUGUGGUGGCCCAUGGUGACGAGCGUCCAGUUCCAAACAUGUUCCAAUCUGUCCGAUAUCUUCUAGAGCAUCACAUUGCUGAUUACGAUUGGUUCUUCUUCGUCCAGGAUGAAACCUACACCCAGCCGGAAAGGCUGAAGACCUUAGUAAGCCACCUGAGCAUGGACCUUCAGCUUUACAUGGGCCACCCUGGAGAGUUCAUUGGAGGUGAAACCCAGGGGAGGUACUGUCACAGUGGACCAGGAUUUCUGCUAUCCCGUGCUCUACUUCUGAAGCUCCAGCCUUUCUUGGAGCAGUGCAGGACUGACAUUGUAAGCAUCAGACCUGACGAGUGGCUCGGUCGCUGUAUCAUUGAUUAUGCUGGCAUGAGCUGUGUGGAGGAAUAUGAGGGCCUGAAUUAUAAUUAUUUUACAAUGGAAAACAAUAUGGACCUUUCCAGAAUGGGGAAUGAUGGAUUCCAGAAUGCUCUUACUGUUCAUCCUGUGACCAGUGCAGAACUUAUGUAUCGUCUGCACAAACAUUUCACAGAAAUAGAACUGCAGAAGACCUAUGAAGAGAUUGAAAAACUACAGUCUGAGAUAAAGAAUGUCAGUGAAUUAGCAGCGGAUGGAAACAAGAGUGCUUUGUGGCCCAUCGGCAUCACACCUCCCUUUGAACCCAAGAGCCGUUUUGAGGUACUCCGUUGGGACUACUUUACGGAAGAUAACCUUUUCUCCUGCGUGGACGGUGCCCCUAAAUGCCAGCUCAAUGGUGCUGAUCGUGAUGACGUGACUGACGUCAUCAAGGUCGCUGUUGAAGAGCUCAACAAAAAAUACAACCCUUUUGUACAGCUGAGCGCUCCACGGCUGGUGAGCGGUUACAGGCGCUUGGAUCAUACACGAGGGAUGGAGUACACCUUGGACCUGCAGUUCCAGGCCACGACUGAGUCUGGUCACCAGAAAUCUAUCGCACGUCGUGUACACCUUGUGCGACCCCUCAGCCAAGUAGAGAUUAUCCCCAUGCCUUAUGUCACCGAGGCUACACGAGUCCAUGUCCUCCUGCCCCUCACCAGUUAUGACUCCCAUGCAGCGCUGCGCUUCUUGGAUCACUGUUCCUCCAACUUGUUUGAGAACGGUGAGAAUGCAGUUCUUAACGUCCUCUUCACCUACGAACCCGCCGAGGCCCAAAAAGUGAGUACAAAUGACGUCUUUGCAGAGGUCAAGGCUAAGAUCACUUCUGUCGAGCACAGAUAUCCCAGCGUGAAGGUGUCUUGGAUCAGCAUAAAGACAGAAAGUCCGGGUCUCCUGCGGAUCCUGGAUAUUGUAUCUAGGAAGCAUCCGGUGGAAACACUCUUCCUCCUGGUCACCGUUGACACUGUACUCAACUCAGAGUUCUUGAAUCGCUGUCGUAUGAAUGCCAUCAGUGGCUGGCAGGUUUUCUUUCCCAUCCAUUUCCAAGAAUUUGACCCCAGUGUGGCUUAUCCAGACCAGGUUCCUCCGGCUUCACCAGACCUGGUCAGGGAAGCAGGUCAGUUUGACCGAUACAUCUUUGAAGAGGUGUGUUUCUACAACUCUGACUACAUGUCCUCGCGCACACGGAUGUCUGGGGAUUUGCAGGAGAAUGAGGAGCUGCUGGAGAACCUGGAUCUUUAUGACGUGUUUGUGCAGUAUUCGGGGCUGCACGUGUUCCGUGCCGUCGAGCCUGCUUUGCGGCAGGCGUACCGCAACCGGACCUGCGAUCCUCGGCUUAGUGAGGACGUGUUCCACCGCUGUCUUCAGAGCAAUCUGGAGAGCCAGGGGUCACGUUCCCAGCUCGCCAUGCUGAUAUUUGAACAAGAGCCAGGUAACAGCACCUGAGGAGCUUCCAAAGAAGCAACAGUGGGGUAACUGUAGACUGGCUGACCGCUAGCAGCACUCCUUGUCCAUUUUAACAUCUGUCAACCAGUUCUCUAGUAAAAUCUUACUGAAACCAAAGAGAAAUGUUCUGAAAGGAACAUUCUGUGACAUUCAACAAGAAAUGUCUAGAGACAUCUUUUUCGUGAGCACUUGACUCACAACUGUAAUUGCACUACAAAAAACUUCUUUCACUGUGCUUUUCUGAGUAAUUUUAGAAUUUUGUGUUGCGGCACGUUUCAUGUUGCUGCCUCAUUAGGAUGAAUUGCCAUCGUUUUUGGAUUCCUCAUUGGUAAAUGUAAUUAACCUUACAGACUGGUGGAGUUAAGCCCAUAGUAUACUUCAGUUCUGACAGAUGCUAGCAUAUGCGUACAGCCAAACUCCAUAGCCUUUCAAAGUAUACUUCAUUUGAUAGCAUGCGUGAACACGUUUUAACUUUGUCCAGUGUCUGUGCUAUUUCUCCCCAGAAAUUGACAGCUAAAAAAUGUCUUUAUAAUUACUUAAACUAGAAUUGUGGGUAUCUCUUAACCCCCUCACACAAGCGCUCGUCAUUGCAGGCAUCUGUUGUUGUUCCCUUCUCCAGUAGUUCGUUGUUCUUGUUGUUGAUCUGUCUUCACCUUUUUUCGACUGUGAAACAAAUGGCCCGGGCCAGUGUUGCCACCUUGUGGACAAACUAAUUAAUGCAAAAAAUCCAAGGUGCAUGUGCAAGGCAAGCAUACAGAGUUAAUGUGGUUAGAAAUAUCUGCCAGUGUACAUACAGUAUGCAGAUACUAGACUACAACAGCCGAGUUCUUUAAGUAAAAACUCUUAAUAAUCUCCAUGGGGAAAUCGAUUUUGAGGAUAACUUUUAAACCUUUAAAAAAACAUCUAUACAAAUUUGAACUUAUUUUAAAAAUAAUCAUGUGGAAUCAGCAGAAUUUGUGCUGAAAAACUACAUUACCCAUAAUGCAGUAUAGAAAAGUCCACCAAUCAGAGAAUCUAACAUUGAGUCCUCUCUCUAUGCUCUCAUAAAACUGAAAUAUUUGCGUAUAUAUACAUAUUUUACAGUAAACUUAAAAUAUAUAGUUUCUAUUGAAUUAAACAACAACAACAACUUUUAAUGAAUAUUGAUAUUUUUUAAUUCAUGUCAUUCGGUAUGCUUCAUGGGAUUGUAAUUCAUUCCCUCACUAAAGCCGCUAUAUAGGUGUUGUAUGUGUUUGUCUUUUUGUCUGAUUUUCAAAUACUUUUAGCUUCAAAUGAAGUUUGUAAUGUUGGGAUUCACCCUGUAGUGAGUUGACUUUGUUCAUGGCUUAUAGCGCUUUACCGAAAAGUUUUUUUUUAAAUCCAUAUGGGAAAAAUGUAUCUUAUCUAUGAUUAAAUUUAUGUCACGUACACUGUACGCAUAGCAUGUUUCCCUCCCCCCAAACCAGUACAGCACAAACCCCACCCAAAGCCAAUUCUAAAAAUGUAUCCAUUUUAAUCCAUCCAUUAUAUUUACGUUUAAACUGAACUGAAUCCAUGAAGUCUUGUUGAAGGUUUUGUGCUAAACUGUUUUAGGGAAAAAUGAAUGCUUAUGAAUAUACACUAUACAUUCACAUAAAAACAAAGUAUACUUGGGGAUAGUGAUGGAGCUGAGAAAGAGAAUGUGAAUAGAUUGUUUUUUGCUUUUUUUCAGUAAUUGUAGUGAAAGGAUUUGCUUUGCAUUUUUAUUGUGUCUGCAGCUGAGGGAAGAGAGGAUAAAGUAUGUUUACAACAAUACUGGACAGUUCAGAAAGGGCGAAUGUAUAAAGCUAUUUCCACAAUGUAUUUUGCAUUAUUCCAGUUUUCUGAAUCCACCCAUGUUAGAAAUACAUUCCAGUAUUCCACCCACACUUCCUUUUCCUGUGAGCUGUGGCUGUCUGGGACAACCUAACUAUAUUGUCCAUGUAAAAAUCUGUGCCUUUAAAUCUGCUCCUUCACAGUGAAAUGCUUCUCAUCUAUGCAACUAACAAACAAAUGAACACACAAACACUUUUUUAGUUUUGUUUUGUUUUGCACAUAAACCAAAUAUUUAAGAAUAUUUAUAAUGUCAAAAUUAUGUUUAGGUGGUUUGUUUGUUUUUUCCUUCCUUUUAAAUUUUUUUUUUACAAAAAGAUGUUUGUGAGCAGAGUACCUGGUGUUGGGCUCUGUGGAACUGACAUGCUAUAAUGAGAUUAUAGAGUUAGUGCAUCACACUGCAGAUGUUUACAGUGUGUGCCGUUCUGCUGCUAACAGAAAUGGUUACAGAUGAAGAGCUUAAGAGGCUCUAAUUCUAUUUGUUGAAAGUGUGUCAAUGUACAUUUUCAUAAUUAUUAUUAUUAUUAUUAUGUGAUCACAACCUAUUUGCUCACAACUUGGAUUACAGACAUUAUCAUACCCAUGAGAUAUUUUGUUAAAAUAA